AUGGCUAUGACUACAAUUGCCAGACGAAAGGCCGUAACAUUCUUCUCAUCGUCGAGGCAUAUCUAUUACAACGGCAACUAUAACACUUCUGCUUCAAAGUACUCGUGGAUUCUUACCAGAGGCUUUGCGUCGGGAUCUGAGGAGAACGACGUCGUAGUUAUUGGGGGUGGCCCCGGAGGCUACGUGGCUGCCAUCAAGGCCGCCCAGCUGGGGCUCAAGACCACCUGUAUCGAGAAGCGAGGAGCCCUUGGCGGUACCUGUCUCAACGUUGGCUGCAUCCCUUCUAAGGCACUUCUUCAUUCCUCCCAUAUGUAUCAUGAAGCCAAGCAUUCAUUUGCCAGUCAUGGCGUAAAGUUCGAUUCCGUUGAGGUUGAUCUACCUGCCAUGUUGGCCCAAAAAGAUAAGGCUGUGGGUAACUUAACCAAAGGUAUUGAGGGUCUAUUCAAGAAGAAUAAAGUAAACUAUGUCAAGGGAUAUGGCAAGUUCCUGUCUCCUUCUGAAGUUUCGGUGGACACCCUUGAAGGUGGUAAUGCUGUUGUUAAAGGUAAGAAUAUAAUAAUUGCCACUGGUUCUGAUGUCAAAAGUCUACCGGGGAUUACCAUUGAUGAAGAGAGAAUUGUAUCAUCUACUGGGGCUUUAUCUUUAAAAGAGAUUCCUAAGAAACUUGUGGUUAUUGGUGCUGGUUAUAUUGGGCUUGAAAUGGGCUCUGUCUGGGGACGUCUAGGUUCUGAGGUUACUGUUGUUGAAUUUGCACCAGAUAUUGUCCCAACCAUGGAUGGUGAAAUUAGGAAGCAAUUUCAACGUUUCCUUGAGAAGCAGAAGAUGAAAUUCAUGCUUAAAACGAAGGUGGUGAGUGUUGACACCACAGCGAGUAGUGUAAAGUUGACCCUUGAACCAGCAGCUGGUGGCAAUCAGACUAUUCUUGAAGCUGAUGUUGUUCUUGUUUCUGCUGGCAGAGUUCCAUUUACAGCUGGUCUUGGAUUGGAGAAGAUAGGAGUUGAAACUGAUAAGGCUGGCCGGAUCUUGGUGAAUGAACGGUUUGCCACAAAUGUAUCAGGGGUAUAUGCCAUUGGUGAUGUUAUUCCUGGACCAAUGUUGGCUCACAAAGCUGAAGAAGAUGGUGUUGCGUGUGUGGAGUAUAUUGCAGGGAAGGAAGGUCAUGUGGACUAUGAUAUGGUUCCUGGAGUUGUUUACACACACCCAGAGGUGGCCUCUGUAGGGAAAACUGAAGAGCAGGUUAAAGCACUUGGAGUUGAUUAUCGUGUUGGGAAGUUCCCUUUCUUGGCAAAUAGCAGGGCCAAGGCAAUCGAUGAUGCUGACGGAUUGGUUAAGAUACUUGCCGAAAAGGAGACUGACAAGAUUUUGGGUGUCCACAUCAUGGCUCCUAAUGCUGGGGAGCUCAUUCAUGAGGCAGUUUUAGCUUUGCAAUAUGGAGCAUCAAGUGAGGACAUUGCUCGCACCUGCCAUGCACAUCCAACAAUGAGUGAGGCCAUAAAGGAGGCUGCUAUGGCCACCUAUGACAAGCCUAUUCAUAUAUAG